AGCAAUACAUGGGUGCAUUGAAGAAAUAUAGAAAGAACAAUAAGUUUGAAAUUUCAACAUCAAGUAUCCUAGAUUCGAUCUCAAGAAAGUAUAAUAUCUAUCUCAAUGUAUUACAAAAUCUAUCAUUCUAGCCUCAGUUACACUGGCCAUCCUUGCUUCAUGGAUUUUUGUUAUGACUCAUGGGUACAAGGUUGAAAAGUCUUCCGAGUCAGAGGAUCCAUGGAUGUUCAUUCCAUUCCAACCGCUCAACUUCACCAUUGACAACAUUUUGGAAUAUCUUAAGGAUGAGCAUGAGAUUGGAAGAGGCGGCUUUAGGGUUGUAUACAAGGCGGAGAUGCCUAAUGGGGAGUUGAUUGCUGUGAAAAAGCUGAAUCAAGAGCCAGCACUAAUAGGCUAUUAUUCCAAUAGAAGUGUAAAACUGCUUUUAUACAACUAUAUUCCAAAUGGCAAUCUUCAACAACUUUUGCAAGGGAGUGAGAAUUUGGAUUGGGAAACAAGGUACAAGAUUGCAGUAGGUUCAGCUCAUGGUUUGGCUUAUCUUCACCAUGAUUGUGUACCAACCAUUCUACACAGAGAUGUCAAGUGUAGCAACAUACUUCUUGAUUCUGAAUAUAAGGCUUAUCUUGCGGAUUUUGGGUUGGCAAAAUUGAUGAACCCUCCAAAUGACCACCUUACAAUUUCUAGAGUUGCUGGUGCUUUUGGUUAUAUUUCCCCAGAACAUGGAUACAGAAGGAACAUAACCGAUAAGAGUGAUGUCUAUAGCUACGGAGUUGUUCUAUUGGAGAUACUAAGUGGGCGUAGUGCAGUGGAACUUGAGGUGGAUGAGUGGCUGCACAUAGUAGAGUGGGUGAAGAGAAAGAUGAGAAGCUCUGAACCAAAAGUAUCAAUACUUGACACAGAGCUGCAAGGAUUGCCAGACCAAAUGGUGCAAGAGAUGCUUCAAACACUAAGAAUUGCAAUGCUCUGUGUGAACUCCUCCCCCACAGAAAGGCCAACGAUGAAGGAAGUGGUGGCAUUGUUGAUGGAGGUAAAGAGUGGUGAACCCUCCAAAUGACCACCCACAUUGGUUUGAUGUCCAUAGCUACAGCAAACUUGAGAGGCCCAAAAGGAUGUAACUGCAACAGGAAUAUGUGGGUGCAUUAAAGAAAUAUAGAAAGAAUAAUAAGUUUGAAAUUUCAACAUCAAGUAUCCUAGAUUCGAUCUCAAGAAAGUAUAAUAUCUAUCUCAAUGUAUUACAAAAUCUAUCAUAUUUGGUCCUCCAAAAAGCUCCAGCUCAAAUCUAAUCAGCAUUAGUUAUUGGUGGGAUAAAAAAGAAGAAAAAAAACAAACAAACAAAUUGACCGCCCUUAAAGGCUCCAAUACAUUUGAAAAUUAAAA